CACCGCACCUGACAGGCAGGGCAGGCACCAAGGCAAGGCAAGCAGGCGAAGGCAGACAGACACCUCGAUCCGCCAUUGUAUUUAGCCUCUUCAGACGAGUCGGGAACCUUUCGCUGUCGUCCAGUUGAACGCCUUCCGAGGUCGCCCGAGUCCACGGACCGCCUCAGCGACUCAUGAUCUGAGCGCCAAACCUGCGCUCAGCAGUGUCUUGUGACUGUUGUGGUGACCCUGAAGGUUGCCGUGAAUAUCAACAGAGAGAAACGCACCCUGAAUGUAGUGUGUGGCGUUCGCAGGCAGUAUGGGCUACGACGUCGUCAGGUUCCGCGGAGAUGUCGACGAAGAACUCAUCUGUCCCAUUUGCUCGGGGGUGCUGGAAGAGCCCCUUCAGGUGCCAAAGUGCGAGCACACCUUUUGCAGUCGAUGCAUCAAAGAGUGGAUCAAUCGCCAGCCUUCCUGCCCGGUUGAUCGUAUGCAAAUCUCUGUCAGCGACCUCAAGCCCGUGCCCCGGAUCCUGAGGAACCUGCUCUGCAGAUUGACGAUUACUUGCGACAACAAUCGGUAUGGGUGCACCGUGGAGGUGAAGCUGGACGCGUUGGCGGCGCAUCUAUCCGAGUGCGAGCACAACCCGACGCGCCCCGUGUCGUGCAAGCAGGGCUGUGGGCUGGUCAUCCCGAAGGACGAGAUCAAAGACCACAACUGCGUCAAGGAGCUGCGCUCGCUAAUCCACUCGCAGGCGCAGAAGAUCGGCGAGUUCCAGCAGGCCAUUGCCGAGCAGAAGUUCCAGAUCAACGAGCAGAAGCGCGAACUGCAGCUACUCAAGGACUUCAUGCGGGCCAUGCGUAGCUGCAACCCGGCCAUGAAGGCUGUCUGCGAGCAGAUGGAGCGCGAUGACGUCGUCCGGUGGUCCAACUCGCUCACCAGAGCGCGCAUUCUGCGCUGGGGAGGCAUCAUCUCCACGCCGGACCCAGAGCUGCAGGCUUCGGUUCGGUCGUCGCUUACAGAGUCAGGGUGUCCGGCGCACUUGAUGGAGGAGCUGAUGGAGCAUUCGCACGAGUGCAACUGGCCGCGCGGUCUCAACUCACUGGAAACGCGCCAGCUGAACAGACGCCACUACGAAAAUUACGUUUGCAAGCGAAUCCCUGGGAAGCAGGCGGUGGUGGCGUUGCAGUGCGACAACUUCCACAUGAGCGAAGAUCUCAUGAUUAUUCCUGGACUUGUGAUGAUAUUCGCCAAUGGUUCUAACUUUGGACGUGGUCUGUUGGAGGAUGUGACUGACUGAUAAAAAGCAAUCUUGGUUCCGCAGGGAGCGUCCUUUGGCCCUCCCUUGCCCCUAGGCUAGAAGAAGCGAGCAAACCCGGCACUAAGAUGAAAACACCCGUCUACUGUAACAUCACCAUCGUCAUCGACAUACAGAUAAGAAUGCGAAAUACCUAAUUUGAGCGAAGUCUAGUUUGCAAUCAAAAUUAGAAUUUAAAUUGACGUGAAGUGUUAAGUGUUAAAAUUUGUGUCUUCCUUUUGUCUCAUCAUGCUUUGAUAGAUUCUCUUGAUAUUUUGAUAAAAACAACGCAUGACUACCGUGUAAGGUCAACUAUCAAUCAAUUAAUUCGUAGAUUGCUACUUUUGAAGUGAUUAAAUUGGUCUCAAGGGCGAAAGUGGAAUGAUUGAUUGGAGACCGGAACGAAUACUUUUUCUACGAAUGCGGCGAGCAGUGAAUUUUGAAAAGCACAAAUCUCUCCGAUCAAUUGAAAACCGUGCCGGCAUUUAGAUACACACAAAUUAUUUUUUUAAUUGUUUAGUUCGGCAGGUGCCCCCAGACUGCGUCAGAUCUCGUCUCGCAACAGUCGCUGCUUUUGUUUGCAUUCCACAUUUGAGUCAAAUAAUUUAUUCUCGUGACCACAGCUGGGCGCAUCGGCUAAUUAUAGUUUUCUUUAAUUGAGGGAGUAAGUGCUUCAAACUGUGCUUAGACCAGAUAUUUUAGUUGCAUUUUUUAAUUCGAGGAGCGAAUUUUUAAAGGAUGUACUUGUUUAUACAGCUGAAAUUAAUAAAUACGGAAAAUUGCAAUUUCA